GGUGUCACCGGAUGACAUUGAUAUAGUUGUAGAGAACGACAAGGUCGUGCUGAAGUUCAAGAAGACCGAAUUCAAAGAUUCGGGCGAGUUUAAGAUUGAACUGCAGAACGCUACCGGUACAGAAGAGCAUACCACUAACAUUGUCUUCCAGGACAAACCGCAGCCUCCGCAGGAUCUCGGCUGCACCGGUAUCUAUCAGACCAAGUGCGUGGUCAAAUGGAAACCGCCAGAGAACGACGGUGGUGCACCGUUGGAAAAGUAUGUCGUCGAGCGGCAGGAUGUGUUCAAGCGAUCCGGCUGGGACGUGAUCGGUGACACGCCGGGUGACCAGUGCAAGUUUAAUUGCAACGAUCUGGUCUCCGGACGGCACUACAAGUUCCGCGUGAAAGCCAUUAACAAGAUGGGCGAGUCGGAGUACUGCGCGAUGGAGAACGACAUCAUUGCCAAGGACCCGUGGACCGAGCCGGAUCCACCGCGCGACCUAGAGAUUGCCGACUGGGACAAGGACUUUGUCGACCUGCGGUGGAAGGUGCCAAAGUCGGACGGUGGCGCCCCGAUCACGAGCUACAUGGUCGAGUACAAGCCGUACACGGCGGCCAACUGGAAGUUGUAUGAAGACGUGACCCCGAACCAGCUCAGUCUGACGUUGCGCGGCCUAAAGGAGGGCGAAACGUUUGAGUUCCGCGUAAAGGCUGUCAACCAGGGUGGUGCAAGUAAACCGAGCAACAGUACGGAGCCGCUGAAGAUCCGCGAUCGGUACGUGAAACCGUUCAUCGAGGGUGAAGGCUUGCAACCCAUCACGCUGAAGAAGGGUCAAACGAUUCGCUACUACCUGCAAUACGGUGGUGAACCCGAACCGGAGGUAGUCUGGGAGAAGGACAACAUUUUGGUGAUUUGCGACUCCGAAAAACGAAAAACGAUUGACGUGGAAAGCUACUCCACGACGCUUCAGGUGCGCCAUGCGGUGCGCGCUGAUUCGGGCGAUUACAAGCUGCGGCUGAAGAACAGCAGCGGAGAGUUCGUUACCAUCGGCAAGGUACUGGUGCUGGACGUACCGACGCAACCCAUUGGGCCGCUCAAGAUCGAGAAGGCGCGAGCGAACCAUGUGGUGAUUAGCUGGCAACCGCCAGAAGAUACCGGCGGUUGCCCGCUGACGGGCUACCUGCUGGAGAAGAUGGAUGUCGAGAAUGGCACGUGGCUGCAGGCGGGCGAGUGUGGUGCCGACCAGCUGACCUUCGACUUCCAGCACCUGCAGAAGGGCCGCAAGUUCGAAUUCCGCGUGAAGGCAUACAACAAGGAGGGUGAAUCGACGCCUCUGGAGACACUGUUGGCCGUAAAGACGGUCAAUCCUUAUGAUCCUCCGGAAGCUCCUGGUAAGCCGAUGGUCGACGACUAUGGAGUUGACUUCGUGGAGCUGAAGUGGGAGAAGCCCGAAAAGGACGGUGGACGCCCGAUCACGCACUACGUCAUCGAGUGUAAGAACAAGUUCCUCACCGACUGGACGGAGUGUGCGAAGACGGAGAACGACGACUGCGUCGGCAAGGUCCACGGGCUGAAGGAGAAGGUGGUCUAUCAGUUCCGCGUGCGGGCCGUCAACAAGGGUGGCGCAUCGAAGGCUUCCGAGCCGAGCGAUAACCACACCGUCAAGCAUAAGAACCUGAAACCUCGCAUUGAUCGCACGAACCUUAAGAAUAUUACGAUCAAGGCCGGCAAGUCGAUGAUCUGGUCGGUCGACGUCAAGGGUGAACCGGAACCGGAGAUCAUCUGGAGCUGGCGUGAUGACAUUCCGCUGUCGGACAGCGAAAAUAUCAAGAUCGAGAACGGUAACUACCACUCGAACUUCUCGAUCAAGGAGGCGAAGCGCGCCGACACCGGCAAGUACAAGAUCCUGGCCAAGAACGUGAACGGCAAGGACGAGGAAACGGUCGAGCUGGUUGUGCUGGGCUCGCCAGGCCGACCGCAGGGCAAGCUGGAAAUCUCGAACGUCACCAAGAAGGGACUGAAGCUGAAGUGGAAGAAACCGGCCGACGACGGUGGCAGCCCGAUCUUGGAGUACAAGAUCGAGAAGCUGAAGAACCGCAACGGCAAGUGGGUCCGCUGCGGUACGGUGACGGGCGGUCCCGAAAUCCUGGAAGCGGACAUUACCGGCCUGGACGAGGGCGCAACGUACAAGUUCCGUGUGAUCGGUGUCAACGCCGAGGGUGACGGAGAGCCGCUGGAGUCGGACGAGGUUGUCGCGAAGAACCCGUACGAUGAACCGUGGAAACCGGGCACGCCAGAAAUUGUGGACUACGACGACAAGUCGGUCAAACUGAAGUGGGCUGCUCCGAAGUCCGAUGGUGGAGCGCCGAUCCAGAAGUACAUUAUCCAGAAGAAGGAUCGCUUCAAGGAUUGGGAGGACGUGAGCGAAGUGGACGGCGGUGAGACGGCGGCUACGGUUGAGAACCUUAAGGAGAACACCGAGUGCCAGUUCCGUAUUGUGGCGGUCAACAAGGCGGGUCGUUCGCCCGAGUCGGAUCCAACGAAGUCGCAUAUAGUGAAGCAUCGUGCACUGAAACCACGUAUCGAUCGUACGAACUUGAAGCCGAUUGUUAUCCGCGCCGGCAAGAUGGUGCACUACGAUGUGAACGUGAAGGGUGAACCGGAGCCGGAAAUCACCUGGAUCGUGAAGGACAAGCCAAUCCUGGGCGAUGCAAACUACGAGAUCAUCAACAAGGACUACAACACCAAGUUCACGCUGAAGGACAGCUUGCGCAAACACAGCGGUGUGUACAAGAUUCAGGCCAAGAACGAACACGGCCAGGACGAGGCGGAGGUGGAAAUCACCAUCCUCUCGAGCCCGAGCCGUCCGAAGGGCCCGCUGGAGGUUAAGGAUGUGACGAAGAACGGUUGCAAGCUGAAGUGGAAGAAGCCGGACGACGAUGGUGGCAAACCGAUCACGGGCUACGAGCUGCAGAAGUUCGACCAGAAGGUGGGCCGCUGGGUACCGAUCGGAAAGGCUCCGGCCGAUGCCGAGGAGUUUGACGUGACCGGACUGCAGGAGGGCCAGCACUACAAGUUCCGCGUGAAGGCGAUCAACGACGAGGGCGAAUCGGAACCACUGGAAACGGAAGAGUACAUCGUGGCAAAGAAUCCGUUCGACGUGCCGAAGGCACCGAUGGAUCUGGUCAUCGCCGACUGGGAUAACCAGUCGGCUACGCUGGAGUGGAAGCGUCCGACCUCGGAUGGUGGCGCUGCCAUCACCGGAUACUUUAUUGAAAAGAAAGAAAAGGGUGAAACGAAGUGGGAGCCUGCUCUCACCACCUCCUCGCCAGAGUGUCGGGCGAAGGUGGGAGAUCUGCCUGAGAAGCGUGUUUAUCAGUUCCGCGUCAGUGCUAUCAAUAAGGCCGGAACUGGUGAGGCUUCUGACCCGACCAAUUUCCAUACCGUGAAGCAUCGUUACCUGCGCCCACGUAUCGAUCGUACCAACUUGAAUCCGAUUACGAUCAAGGCUGGUCUGUCGGUGCAGUACGACAUCGAUAUCGAGGGUGAGCCGGCACCGACGGUGAAGUGGUUCCAUGGCGAAAAGGAGAUCGCCACCGAUGCCGACUACAAGAUCGACAACGUGGACUACAACACCAAGUUCUUCAUCAUGCGCGGUCGACGUAAUUUGACGGGCAAGUAUACGAUCGUUGCCACGAACUCGCAGGGUGAAGAUCGUGCCGAGGUGGAGAUCUGCAUUCUCAGCAAGCCGGGUACUCCCGAGGGACCGCUGGAGGCAUCCGACAUCCACAAGCAUGGUUGCAAGCUGAAGUGGAAGCCGCCACUGGACGAUGGUGGUAUGCCGAUCGAAGGAUACGAAAUCGAGAAGCUCGACCCACUCACCGGACAAUGGAUCCCGUGCGGACAGAGCUCCACACCGGAGGCGAACAUUUCGGGCCUGCAGGAGGGCAAGCAGUACAAGUUCCGCGUGAAGGCCUUCAACAAGGAGGGCGACAGCGAACCGCUGGAGAUGGAGACGACCAUCAUCGCGAAGGAUCCGUACAGUGUGCCGAGCAAGCCAGGCCGCCCGAAGCCCACGAACUGGAGCAAGGACUUUGUCGAGCUGGAGUGGGCCGCACCGAAGUCGGAUGGUGGGGCUCCAAUUUCGGAGUACAUUAUCCAGAAGCGAGACAAGGCAUCGCGCAAGUGGCAAGAUGCGGCUACGGUGAAGGGCGAUCGUACCCGCGGUACGGUGGAGGACGUGGAGGAGGGUCACGAGUACGAGUUCCGUAUUGUGGCGGUUAACAAGGCCGGCCAGUCGGAGCCGAGCGACAUCUCGGACUCGGUGGUGGCGAAGAUGCGCUUCCUUGCGCCGAAGAUCGACCGCAAGAACCUGGACAAGAAGGUGCUGCGCAGUGGCCAGCUGUUGAACGUGGAAGCCGACGUGACCGGUGAACCGGCACCGAAGGUGACCUGGGAGUUCAAGGGCAAGCUGGUCGACGGCAAGGAGGACGAUCGCAUCAAGCUGGACAACGAGGACUACAAGACGAACCUGGUGAUUCGCAACUUGAAGCGUUCCGACGCCGGCACCUACAAGAUUACGGCAAAGAACGAUUCCGGUACGGAUACGGUUGAUCUGGAGUUGGUCGUGUUGGCCAAACCGUCCAAAUGUCUCGGCCCGCUGAAGGUGUCGGACGUGACGGCCGAUGGCUGCAAGCUGAACUGGCUGCCGCCGGAGGAUGAUGGCGGUGAACCGAUUCAAGCGUACAUUGUCGAGCGUAUGGACGUGGACAGUGGCCGCUGGAUUCAGGUAUGCGAAACUCGCUUCCCCGAGGCGGACGUUACCGGACUGCAGGAGGGUAAGGAGUACAUGUUGCGCGUGAAGGCCGUCAACAGCGAGGGAGAGUCGGAGCCGCUCGAGACGGACACGAGCAUCAAGGCCAAGAACCCGUACGACGCACCGAGUGCUCCGGGCAAGCCGAAACCGAUGGACUGGUCGCGCAAGUUUGUCAUGCUGGAAUGGAAGGAACCGGACAGCGAUGGCAAUGCGCCAAUCCAGAAGUAUAUCAUCGAGAAGAAGGACGUGAACAGCACCAAGUGGCAGAAGGCGAUGGAAACCGAUGGUCCCGUCACGAAGGCGAAGGUGAUGGACCUGUUCGAGGGUACCACGUAUCAGUUCCGUGUCAAGGCAGUGAACAAAGGUGGUCAUAGCCCGUACUCACCACUGUCCGAUCCGGUGACGGUGAAGGAUCGCUUCGCACCGCCACGCAUCGACCGGACUACGCUGAAGAACAUUACACUCAAGGGUGGCCAGUCGCUGCGGUUGGACUGCAAGAUCAGUGGCGAACCGGCCCCGACGAAGUACUGGCUGUUGAACAAGGCACGCGUCGAGAAGGAUACCCCAGAUGUACGUGUCGAGUUCGAGGACUACCGCGCGAAGCUGAGCAUCAGCAACAUCACUCGCGCUCACGGUGGAACCUACGAGAUCAAGGCGGAGAACGCGUCGGGCUACGACGAGGCUCAGCUCACGGUGACGGUGCUGGACAAACCGACUGCACCGGAAGGCCCUCUGAAGGUGUCGAACGUGCACAAGGAGGGUUGCUCGCUCAAGUGGAACCCACCGCUAGACGAUGGUGGCGUACCGAUCGAGUACUACAACGUGGAGAAGUUCGACAAGGAGACGCAGCGUUGGCUGCCGGUCGGUCGUACACACGACACCCACAUGGACGUGGCUAACCUAGAACCGGGCCAGGAGUAUCUGUUCCGCGUGUCGGCUGUGAACGAUGAGGGUGUAUCGGAGCCGUUAGCCACCGACACCUACAUGACGGCGAAGAAUCCGUUCGACGAACCUGGCAAGCCGGGAACGCCUGAGGCAUACGACUGGGACAAGAACUUUAUCGAGCUUCGCUGGACCCCACCGAUGACCGAUGGUGGCUCUCCGAUCACGAAGUACAUCGUCGAGAAGCGCGUCUAUGGCACGAUCAAGUGGAUCAAGUGCGCCGAGGUGCUUGGCAACAAGUGCGAGGCUAAGGUGACGGAGCUGAACGAGGGCGAGGUCUACGAAUUCAAGGUGCGUGCCGUCAAUGAGGCCGGCCCAGGUGCAUGGAGCGAUCACAGCAAACCGAUCACUGCCAAACCUCGUAAACUUCCUCCGAAGAUCGAUCGCCGCAAUUUGAGAAACUUGAGUGUGGCAGUUGGUGAACCGUUUGGCUUUGACGUGAAGAUUUCGGGCGAACCUGCCCCGGAUGUUGACUGGACGAUCAACGAUCGUAUGGUUACGGUCACUACGACUCGCACGAUUGAUAACGUGCCGUACAACAGCAAGUUCGCCAAUCAGAACCCGGAUCGUCGUGAUUCGGGCAAGUACGUCAUCAAGGCGACCAAUAAGUUCGGCAGCGAUCAGGUGGAAAUCACUGUUACUGUUAGAUCCAAGCCUGCCGCUCCGGAAGGACCGCUGGAAGUCAAGGAUAUGACCAAGGAUAGCUGCAAGCUGGAAUGGAAGAAACCGAAGGACGAUGGUGGCGUACCGAUCGACCACUAUGUGAUCGAAAAGUUCGACCCAGACAACGGUAUCUGGAUGAACGCUGGCAAAACCGACGGUCCGCUAACGGAGUUCCCGGUCGACGGGCUGGUGCCUGGACAUCGGUACAAGUUCCGCGUGAAGGCCGUAAAUCCCGAGGGCGAGUCGGAGCCGCUGGAAACCGCUGGAACAGUUGUCGCAAAGGAUAGCUUCUCUGUUCCCGACACUCCCAGCGCACCAACGGUUGUCGACUGGUCGGAAAACCAUGCCGUACUCAAGUGGCCCGAGCCGGAUAACGGUGGCAGCCCGAUCACUGGCUACAUCAUCGAAAAGAAGGAUAAGUACAGUCCUAUCUGGGAGAAGGCCAUCGAGACGAGCUCGCCCAACCCGACGGCCACCGUUGGUGGUCUGGUGGAAGGUAAUGAGUAUCAGUUCCGUGUGAUCGCUGUCAACAAGGCUGGACAGUCGGAUCCAUCCGAUUCGAGCCGCACGUUCACUGCAAAGCCACGCUUCGCCCCGCCAAAGAUCGAUCGUCGCACGAUUCGCGAUCUAUCGAUUUCGGCAGGAUCGAUGCUGAAGUUCGAUGUGGUCGUUACCGGCGAACCGGCACCGAAGUGCGAAUGGCGUGUCAAUAAGGCCAUCGUUACCGGUGGUGACCGUCGCCUGGAGAUCCUGAACACCGAUUACAACUCUAAGUUUAUCCUUCGUCCGGCGAACCGUGGAGACUCGGGAGAUUAUGAGAUCACCGCAACCAACUCGUCUGGUCGCGACCAUGUGCUGGUGCAGGUGACCGUUACCGACAAGCCGGGUCCACCGGAGGGUCCGCUGACGCCUUCCGACAUCACGAAGGAGUCGUGCAAGCUGAAGUGGAAGCGCCCGAAGGACGACGGUGGCUGCGACAUCGAGUACUACCAGAUCGAGCGGUUCGACGACGACGUAAAGGCCUGGGUGCCGCAUGCCAGGGCCGUCGAGACGAACGCCGACAUCGGUGGUCUGCAGGACGGCAAGAAGUACAAGUUCCGCGUGAGCGCCAUCAACGCGGAGGGCGAAUCGAAGCCGCUAGAAAUGGCCGGAGACUUUAUCGCGAAGAAUCCGUUCGACGAACCGUCGGCCCCGCGGGACUGCAAGGCCACCGACUGGGGUCCGGACUUUGUCAAGCUGGCUUGGCAGCCGCCGGUUAGCGACGGUGGCUCUCCGGUCACGGGCUACGUUAUCGAGGUGAAGGACAAGUAUGGCGAGUGGGAGCGCAAGAUGGCGGUGCCGGCAGACGCAACUGCGGCCACCGUUCCUGAUUUGCUCGAAGGACAAAAGUACGAGUUCCGUGUCCGCGCCGUCAACGAUGCUGGACCGAGCGACCCGAGCAAUGCGACGCCACCGAUCAUUUGCAAGCCGCGCAACCAGCCGCCGAAGAUCGAUCGCACCAACCUGGUGGAGGUGCGCAUCAAGGCCGGAAACAACGUGGUGUUCGAUGUGAAGGUAACCGGCGAACCGAUGCCGACGACGAGAUGGUCGAUCAGCAAGCGCGAGAUCAAGCCAACGGAUCGGUACAAGAUCCAGAACUACGAUUACAACACCAAGCUGACCAUCCGAUCGGCGACGCGCGAGGAAAGCGGCACCUACCAGCUGGACGCGGAGAACGAGAACGGCAAGGAUACGGCGACCGUGCAGGUGACAGUGCUGGAUGUGCCAAGCCCUCCGGGAGGUCCCCUGAAGGUGGUCGAGAUUACGGCCAACACGGCCGUGCUGGAGUGGCGCCCACCAUCGGACGAUGGUGGUCUGCCGAUCGACAACUACAUCAUCGAGAAGCUGGACGAGGUGAAGGGUACCUGGUCGUACGCCGGAGACUCGGGUGGCCCGCGUUGCCGUGCCGAGAUCGACGGGCUCAUCGAGGGCCACACGUACAAGUUCCGCGUGCGCGCCGCCAACAAGAUGGGCAAGUCGGAGCCGCUGAGCAUGGGCAAUUCGGUGCUGGCGAAGAACCCAUACCGCGCGCCGGAUCGCCCGGAGCAGGUCGCCAUCAAGGACUACGACAAGGACUAUGUCGAGCUGGAAUGGAAGACCCCGGAGAACGACGGCGGUUCGCCGAUCACUGGCUACGUCAUCGAGAAGCUUGGCAAGUACUCGAGCGACUGGGAGAAGGCGGUGGAGGUGCCGGAUGGCAAUGCAACAAGCGCCGUUGUGCCGGACCUGAUCGAGGGAACGGCAUACCAGUUCCGCGUGCGUGCCAUCAACCGCGCGGGAGAGGGUGAACCGAGCAGACCGACGGAGUCGCACAUCGCGCGCAGCAAGAACCAGCCGCCGAAGAUCGAUCGCAACCAUCUGUCGAACGUGAAGAUCCGAGCAGGUCUGACGUUCGAGUUCGAUGUCCCGGUCAGUGGCGAGCCAGUGCCGGCCAAGGAAUGGUCACACAAGGACAACAUGAUCAUCAACACCGAUCGCAUCAAGGUGGUGUACGAGAACUACCGCACGAAGCUGCGGGUGAUCGACGUGAAGCGCGCGGACAGCGGUGUUUACACGCUCACGGCCAAGAACAAGAACGGCAUCGACAUUGCCAACGUGAACGUAACCAUCCUGGAUGUGCCGGCUCCGCCCGAGGGACCGAUCCGCUUCGAGAACCUCUCGAAGACGGGCGUGACGCUGAUGUGGCGCCCGCCGAAGGACGACGGUGGUUCCGAAAUCAUGCACUACGUCGUCGAGAAGCUGGACACGGAUCAGCUACGCUGGGUGCCGGUGGGAGAAACCAUCUCCACCAAGAUCCGCCCGGACAAUCUGAUCGAGGGCCAUUCGUACCAGUUCCGCGUGCGUGCGGUUAACAAGCAGGGUGAGUCGACUCCGCUGGUGACCUCGCAACCGAUCACGGCGAAGGACCCGUACAACAAGCCGGACAAACCGGGCAAACCGCUGGUCGUGGACUGGAGCGACGAUCACGUCGAUCUGGAGUGGACCAUCCCGAAGAAGGAUGGUGGCGCACCGAUUACGAGCUACAUCGUCGAAAAGCGCCCACGCUAUGGCGACUGGAAGUUUGCUGGUGAGUUCACCGAGCUGUAUAAACCGUCCGCCAAGAUCAAGGAGCUGACCAAGGACGAGGAGUACGAGUUCCGCGUGUGCGCCGUCAACAAGGCGGGCGUAAGCGACCCGAGCGAACCGUCCGAUCCGGUGGUGUGCAAGUCGCGCUUCGUGCCACCGCACUUCAACAAGAACGCCCUGAAGGACCUGGUGGUGCCGGUGGGCAAGAAGAUUGCCUACAACAUCUCGGUGGAGGCGUCGCCACAGGUGACGGCCGUCUGGAAGCGCAACGGUGCUGUCAUCCCCGAGUCGCAGCGCGUCAUUCGCGAGGUGUACAACAACGAGGUGUCGCUCGAGAUUCCGUUCUCGGUGCGCGACGACACUGGCAUGUACACACUGAUCGUGAAGAACGAAUGCGGUGAGUUCUCGGCGUCGGCCAAUGUGACGGUGCUGGACAAACCAUCGCCACCGGAGGGCCCGCUGAAGAUCAGCAACAUCACCACGGAGGGCUGCCGAUUGGAAUGGAAGCUGCCGAAGGACGACGGUGGCAGUCCGAUCACGCACUACGUUAUCGAGAAGAUGGAUAUGUCGCGUGGCACCUGGACCAACGCCGGCAUGAGUACAUCGCUGGUGAACGAGAUUUCGCGCUUGAUUCACAACAAGCGCUACUCGUUCCGCGUGAAGGCGGUCAACGAGAUCGGCGAAUCGGAGCCACUCGACUGCUCGCAUCCGAUCGUGGCGAAGAACGACUACGAAGAACCAUCGCAACCGCCGAAGCCGGAGGUGCGCGACUGGGACGCCAACUCGGUCACGAUCCAGUGGAACCCACCGAAGUCGGACGGUGGAGCGGCGAUCACCGAGUACAUCAUCCAGAAGAAGGAAAAGGACAGCCCGUACUGGAGCAAUGCGGGACGCGUGCCCGGAAUCAAGCGGGACCUGCAGAUCCCGGAUCUGGCCACCGAGACGGAGUACGAGUUCCGUGUCAUCGCGGUUAAUGCGGCCGGCGAGUCGGAACCGUCCGAUGCUUCGGAUGCGGUACUGACGCGCUCGCGCUUCAUCGCACCGAAGAUCGUGACGCCGAUGCGCGACAUGGUGGUGAAGGCGGGACUGAUCUUCCAUCUGGACAUCAACUUCACCGGCGAACCGGUGCCGGAGGUCGAAUGGACGCUGAACGGAAAGCCCGUCAAGACGGACAACCGUACGACGAUGACGGCGCUUGGCCAUCAUACGAUCGUUCACACGGUUAACUGCAACCGGGGUGAUUCUGGCACGUACAAGCUGGUGAUCAGCAACUCGAGCGGACAGGAUGAGGGCAGCUUCAACCUGACCGUGCUCGAUCGUCCGGAUCCACCGCAGGGUCCGACGGUGUACGAGGAGAUCACCGAGAAGAGCGUGACCAUCUCCUGGAAGCCACCGCUCGACAAUGGCGGCUCGGAGCUUACCGGCUACGUGGUGGAGAAGAAGGACCUCACGCACGGUGGCGGUUGGGUGCCGGCCGUGGCCUAUGUCAGCCCGAAGUACACGCACACUGUUGUGCCACGCCUGAACAAGGGCAACAAGUACGAGUUCCGUGUGAUGGCGGAGAACCUGCAGGGACGCUCGGAUGGACUGAUGAGUGCGCACCCGGUCGUGGCGAAGGACCAAUUCGUUGCGCCUGGACCGCCAACGAAGCCGGACAUCAUCGACAGCGGUUACGAUCAGAUCACACUCAGCUGGAAGCCACCGAUCAGCGAUGGUGGAUCGCGCAUCUCGGGCUACAUUGUCGAGCGUCGCGAUCUGGCCACCGGUCGCUGGAUCCAGGCGAACAAGUACCCGGUGCCGAACAUCGAGUACACGGAUACGGGCGUGAUCAAGGGUCACCAGUACGAGUACCGCGUGUCGGCAGUCAACCAGGCCGGCCAGGGCAAUCCGAGCGACUCGUCGGUGAAGUGUUGGGCUCGCCCGAUGCAGCAGGCGCCGUCGCUCAACACGGACAGCUUCAGCAAGCGCACGAUCAAGGUACGCGCUGGCGAACCGAUUGUGCUGACCAUCCCGCUGGUCGGAGCUCCGCUACCGACCGUCGAAUGGUUCCGCGGUGGCAACAAGGUACCGGAGACGUCGCGUGUCUCGAUCGACACCAACAUGGAGCAGACGGUGUUCCGGGUGGAUAACAGCAACCGCAACGACUCGGGCACGUACAAGGUUCGCGCAUCGAACCAGUACGGCGAGGACGUCAAGGAGUUCGAAGUGAUCGUCGUCGACCGACCGCAGCCACCGAAGUACGUGUCCGGUCUCGAGACGACUCAGGACAGCGUUACGCUCAACUGGGACGCACCGUCGGAUGAUGGUGGCUCGGAGAUCACCGGCUACAGCAUCGAGUACAAGGAGUUCCCGUCUGACAACUGGAAGAUGGUCUACGGAACGGUACCAAGAUGUUCGCACACGGUGAAGCACCUGAACGAGAACCACGAGUAUGUGUUCCGCGUGCGUGCGGAGAACAUCUACGGUGCAUCGGAGCCCACCGAGAGCAAGCCAAUCUCGCCAAAGAGCCCCGACCCACCAGAGACGGUCGACAAGCCGACCGUCACCGACUACACGCCAAGCUCGUGCACCAUCGCCUGGAAGCCACCGCGCGUCCAGACACGCCCGAUCGUUGGCUAUCUGGUGGAGAAGCGCGAGCGUGGUACUGGCGAGUGGGUGCAGGUGAACAACUACCCGACUACGAACACGACCUACACCAUCCCGGACCUGAUGGAAGGCUUCCGCUACGAGUUCCGCGUCAAGACGGUGAACGAGGUCGGCGUGAGCAAGCCAAGCGAACCGACCGACCCGAUCACCGCCUCGCACCAGCGCAAGCGCCCGAACCAGCCGGACCCACCGUCGAUCGACAAGAUCUCGCGCAACAGCGUCAAUCUGUCGUGGCGCACGCUCCGACGGGACGCGAAGGAGAAGAUCAAGGGCUACCUGGUGCAGUACCGUCUGAAGGACGACGAAAAGUGGGUGGACUCAAACUCACUUGCCGAUCUGAUUCCGGACCAGUCGUACCGCGUGGAGAACCUGGAGGAAGGCAAGGAGUACCAGUUCCGAUUGAUUGCAGUCAACGACAUUGGCUCGUCGGACCCGUCUCGUCCGAGCAUUUCGGUGUCGCUGCAGGAGCAGCCGAACAAGCCGAUGAUGGAUCUGCGCAACGUGCGCGACAUCACCGUGCGCGCGGGUGAGGACUUCAACAUUCACGUGCCGUACACGGCGUUCCCGAAACCGGUAUCGACGUGGUUCGUCAACGAGGAGCUGCUGGACGAUCGCGACAAGCGUUUCCACACUCAGCUGACGGACGAGGCGGCCAGCAUUGUGGUGGUGAAGAGUGUCCGUGCCGAUACCAAGCAGUACCGUUUGAUGCUGAAGAACCCGUCCGGCUACGAUAUUGCCACGUGCAACGUGAAGGUGCUCGAUCGUCCGAGCCGCCCGGAGAACAUCGCCGUCGAGUCGUACGGUGGCGAGCACCUGGUGCUCUGCUGGAACGCUCCACUGGAUGACGGUGGUUCCCCGGUGACGAACUACGUGGUGGAGAAGAAGGACAAGAACUCGAACGCCUGGACGAAGGUGAGCAGCUACUGCACGACCACGUACCUGAAGAUUCGCAACCUGCGUCUGAACCAGCUGUACGACUUCCGCGUGUACGCCGAGAACAAGUACGGUCUGUCGGAGCCGGCCCAGGCCGACUCGAUCGUGGCCAAGCAUCCGUUCGACCCUCCGUCGCAGCCGGGAACGCCGACGCGUGUCGAAACGACGGAGGAUACGAUCACCAUCAGCUGGACGAAGCCGGCCAGCAACGGUGGUUCACCGAUUACGCACUACAUCGUCGAGAAGAAGCUGGCCACCGAGGGCCAUUGGUCGAAGGUGCAGCAGGGCACACUGAAGGAUCUGAUGUGCAAGGUAUCGGGACUGUCGGAGAACCACGAGUACGUGUUCCGCGUGGCGGCGGUCAAUGCCGCAGGCACCAGCCCGUACAGCAACCCGUCCGAUCCGAUCAUGGUGAGUGCGGCGUUCACCGCGCCCAAGAUCACCUCGGACAUUGGCAUGCGCGAUAUUCUGGUGAUCGCACGCGAUCCAUUCAAGAUCAUCGUGCCGUACACGGCGACACCAAGGCCGGACGCCAUUUGGAUGGUGAACGGCAACGAGGUGUCGCGCAACGAUCGCAUCGAACUGUCGGUCAACGACACGGAGGCGAUCUUCAAGAACGACAACUCGAAGCGUAUCGAUUCGGGCAGCUACACGAUCCACUUGGUGAACUGCGUUGGCAAGGAUACGGCGUCGUGCCGCGUGCUGGUCGUCGACAAACCGUCGCCACCGAUCGGACCGCUCGAGGUGUCCGAAAUCACGCCCGAGUCGUGUACGCUGUCCUGGAAGACGCCACUGGACGACGGUGGCAGCCCGAUCACCAACUACAUCGUGGAGCGCUUCGAACCGCUGGGCUACUGGACCAAGGCAAGCAGUUUCGUGCGCAGCACUCACUACGACAACAUGGGCAUGGAGGCGAACAAGCCGUACAACUUCCGCGUGCGCGCCGAGAACCAGUACGGUGUGAGCGACCCGCUCAUUCUGGAGGAGCCGAUAAUCGCCCGCUAUCCGUUCACCGUGCCGGACCCACCGAAUCCACCGCGCGUGUCGGAUUGGGACGCAAACUAUGUCACCGUUACCUGGGAGCGUCCACUUAUGGACGGUGGUUCGCGCAUCCAGGGCUACCGAUUCGAGUACCGCGAUGUGACCGACAGCACCUGGAACACCAACAACUUCCUCAUCAAGGAUACCAGCUACCAGGUGUACAAUCUGCUGCCUGGCCGCGAGUACGAGUUCCGCGUGCGCGCUCAGAACGCCGCGGGUGUCAGCAAACCGUCGGCGUCGUCGAAGAGGUUCAAGAUUCACGGCAAGAUCACGCCACCGUCGGCACCGGGUGCACCGGCCGUCGUCAAGGUGGGCAAGAGCUUCGUCGAUCUCAGCUGGACCACACCGGCCAGCGACGGUGGCUCGCGCAUCCUCGGCUACUACGUCGAGCGCCGGGACAUCGGAGGCGCCCGGUGGGUGAAGUGCAACGAGAACAACAUCCCGGUGACGGAGCUGACCGUGACGAACCUGAUGGAGGGUGGCGUGUACGAGUUCCGCGCGUACGCCGUCAACAACUACGGCGUGUCGCCACCGUCGCCCGAAACCCGCUCGGUGCGCAUCGGCGAGCAGCUCGAUACGGAGAAGCCGGAAUGGGUGAAGCGUCUGAAGUUCAACCUGGUGCCGCUGGGCAAGUCGGUGGAGCUGACGUGCGAAGCGCACGGCAAACCGGAACCGACCUGUCGCUGGUUGCGCAACGGCAAGGAGAUCACGCACGGUGGCCAGUUUGCGCUGGAGAGCAAGAACGGUGUGUUCUCGCUGCACAUCUCGAACGUGACGUACCGCGACGAGGGCGACUACACGUGCGAGGCGUUGAACUUUGUGGGUGUGAUCCACACGACCGGUGCAUUGAAGAUCGGUGUGCCGCCGAAGCUGGUUAACAUCCCGUCGGACGUGUACCUGGUGAAGGGCGACAACGCGAAGAUCAAGCUCGGCUUCCACGGCGACCAGCCGAUGGAGGUUAACAUCUCGAAGGAUCGUGAGAAGCUGAUCGAAACCGACCACAUUAAGUACACGGUGUUCGAUGACUAUGCCGUCAUCUACAUUCGCGACGUGCUGGACACGGACAAGGGUGUGUAUCUGGUGAACUUCAAGAACGACAGUGGCAGUGUAUCGUGCAACGUCAAUGUGCACGUCACUGGCCUACCUGGACCACCGACUGGUCCGCUGCUGGUCAGCCACGUCACCAAAAACAUGUGCACAGUCUCGUGGAAACCGCCGGCAUCCGACGGUGGCCGCAAGGUUACGCACUACAUCGUGGAGCGUCGCGACAUCAAGUCGCCGCACUGGUUGAUCGUGUCCAACUACGUGAAGGAAUCGCAGCUGAUCAUCAAGGGAUUGAUCGAGGGCUCGGAGUACCUGUUCCGUGUGUCCGCUGUCAACGAAAACGGUAUCGGCCCGGCACUGGAGGGUGUGGACCCGAUCAAGGCCCGCGGCCCGUACGACCUUCCGUCCGCUCCGGGAGUUCCGAUCAUCCACGAGGUGGGUGGCGACUUUGUGAACCUCGAGUGGGAGAAGCCGGUGUCGGAUGGUGGUGCCCGCAUCCAGGGCUACUGGAUCGAGAAGCGCGAACAGGACACGGAUACCUGGCAACGCGUCAACACGACGUUGUGCGUGAUCUGCACGAUCAACUGCGCCAACCUUGUCGAGGGCCGUCACUACGAGUUCCGCGUGGCAGCCCAGAACGAGAUCGGCGUGUCGGAGUUCUCGAAGGCAUCGCAGCUGGUGAAGGUGGUCGAUCCGGAUGUGGUGAAACCACCGGAGGUCGUGAAGCCACUGAACACGCUCACCUGCAUCCAGAACCGCGGCGUGGAGUUUGUGUGCAAGAUUACCGGUGUACCGAAGCCUCGUAUCACCUGGCACAAGGGUGCACGCGAGAUCUGCUCUGGUUCUCGCUACCAUAUGUACAGCGACGGCGAUACGCACCAUCUGGCCAUCAACGAUGUCUUUGGCGAGGAUGCGGACGAGUACACUUGUCGCGCCGCCAACCGUGGUGGCGUACGAUCGACCAAGGCAUCGUUGAUCAUCAAGUCGCCACCGAAGUUGAACGUUCCACCGCGAUUCCGCGAUACGGCGUUCUUCGACAAUGGCGAGAACAUCGAGAUCAAGAUUCCGUUCACCGGUUUCCCGAAACCGCGUUGCCACUGGACGCUGAAGGGCGAACAGAUCGAGUCGGGCAGCCACUAUCACAUCGAGACGCGCGAACGCCACACGGUGCUGACCAUCCGCGAUGGUUCGCAGCUGGAUUCGGGCACCUACACGAUCACGAUCGAGAACGAGCUGGGCCAGGAUACGGCCGAGAUCAAGAUUCAGAUCAGCGACCGACCGGACAAACCGCGCAACCUCACCGUCGACCAGGUUGGACUGGAUCACGUGACGCUGAGCUGGCUGCCACCGUCGUGGGAUGGAGGCGCAAGCAUCACCAACUACAUCGUGGAGAAGCGCGAGGUACCGCUGUCGACUUGGAUCCGUGCCGGCACGACCCGGUUCAACCAGCUGAUCAUCCCGCACCUGUCGCCGGGUCAUCAGUACGAGUUCCGCGUGUUCGCGGAGAACGUGUACGGCCGAUCGGAACCGUCGGACCAGACGGAUCUGAUCAGCCUGAAGGACCUCGGCAUCAAGCCGGCCAAGCGCGUCAAGUACGAGCUGGACGAAAACGGCAAGCCGAAGCGUGGCAAGAAGGAGGCGAUCGGCGACUACGACGACUACGUGUUCGAUGUGUACUCCAAGUAUCAUCCGAAACCGGUCGAGAUCUCCAACAAGAGCGUGUACGAUCAGUACGAGAUCCUGGAGGAGAUCGGUACGGGUGCGUUCGGUGUGGUGCACCGUUGCCGCGAGCGCAAGACGGGCAACGUGUUCGCCGCCAAGUUCAUCCCGGUGUCGACGAACGCCGAGCGGGAGCUGAUCCGUCGCGAGAUCGACAUCAUGAACCAGCUGCAUCACCGCAAGCUGAUCCACCUGCACGACGCCUUCGAGGACGAGGACGAGAUGGUUCUGAUCUACGAAUUCCUGUCCGGUGGCGAGCUGUUCGAGCGCAUCACCACCGAGGGCUACCGUAUGUGCGAGCAGGAGAUCAUCGAGUACAUGAAGCAGAUCUGCGAGGCGGUCAAGUAUAUGCACGAGAAGAACAUCAUCCAUCUGGACAUCAAGCCGGAGAACGUGAUGUGCCAGACGCGCAACACCAACCAGGUGAAGCUGAUCGACUUCGGUCUGGCGACCAAGCUCAACCCGAACGAGAUGGUCAAGAUUUCGACCGGCACGGCCGAGUUUGCCGCACCGGAGAUUGUGGAGCGCGAGCCGGUCGGCUUCUACACGGACAUGUGGGCCGUGGGUGUGUUGGCGUACGUGCUGGUUAGCGGUCUGUCGCCGUUCGCCGGCGAGACCGACAUCGAUACGCUGAAGAACAUCAAGCAGGGCACGUGGGAGUUUGACGAGGUGGCGUUCCGCGGUGUGUCGGAGGAAUGCAAGGACUUCAUCCGCCGGCUGUUGGUUAAGACCACCGAGAAGCGCAUGACGGCGCACGAGUGUCUGAUGCACGCUUGGUUGAGCGAUACGUACAACAGCUCGACCUCGAUCAUCUCGAUCGAGCGAUACAAGCAUAUCCGCGACCUGAUUCGUCGCAAGUACGAGAACUGGGCGUCGUUCGUGCUGCCGCUGGGUCGUCUGUCGGAAUACUCGGCCCUGCGCAAGCUGCUGAUCCAGAAGUACAAGAUUCACGAAACGUCUGUCGAUCGCCGACAGGCGGCACCACGCUUCGUUAUCCGACCGCAGUCGGCGUUCUGCUACGAGGGUCAAAGCUGCAAGUUCUACUGCCGCGUGAUCGGUGUGGCGACGCCGGUGCUCACCUGGUACCACAACAACCAGGAGCUGAAGCAAUCGGUGAAGUUCAUGAAGCGGUACGCCGGCGACGACUACUACUUCAUCAUCAACCGCGUCAAGCUGGACGACCGGGGCGAGUACAUUAUCCGCGCGGAGAAUCACUACGGUGCGCGCGAGGAAGUGAUCUUCCUGAACGUGCACCCGAUGUCCAAGCAGGUCCCGAUCUACAAGCCGGAAACGCUGACGAUCCGCAAGCGCGAGCCAAGUCCACGCCCGUACUGGCAGGAGGAGGCCGACUCGGCACCAUCGUUCACGUUCGCCCUGCGACCACGUGUUAUGCAGCUGCGCGAUACCUGCAAGCUGCUGUGCUGCGUCACCGGCAAGCCGAUGCCGUCGGUCAAAUGGUACAAGAAUGGCCGCGAGCUGAGCAAGUACGAGUACACGAUGUCGCACACCGACGGUGUGGUGACGAUGGAGAUCAUCGACACGAAGGUGGAAGACUCGGGCGAGUACAAGUGUGUCGCGGUUAACCCACUGGGUAAGGCCGAAACGAGCUGCGUGGUGAUUGUCGAGGAUCACCGCGCCGAGCAGCACCAGGCGCUGAAGCAGGAGCUGAAGAAACCCACCAUCAAGAAACCGGAACCCGCCAAGACCACGUCCUCCUCGGCGUCUCGCCUGGGAGCCCCAACGAAUGAAGCACGAUCGAGGAAUUCCACUCGCGAACUGAUGCCACUCCAAUCGGACAGUCUUAUGCACCCGCCAGAGUUUACGAAGAAGCUGAAGGAUGUGAUCGCGGCCGAUGGUGAACCGCUGCAGCUGAACUGCCACGUCAACGGUGAUCCGCUGCCGCAGAUCGUCUGGACGAAGGACGGCAAGAAGCUCAGCUCGUCGGACGUGAUCGACAUCAAGUACAAGUCGGGCAUCGCGAGCCUGCGCAUCAACGAACUCUUCCCAGAGGACUCGGGCUUGUACGUGUGUACGGCCAAGAACUCGAUGGGAGAAUCUUCCACCCAGUGUACGCUGGAUGUUAAGAAGGGACCUGGCUCGACCGCCCGCCCCGAAGGCAAGGGAGUGCCGAUCAAGGCACCGAUCAUCAACAAACACGCCGAGUCCGGCUACCACAAGGACGGCUCGGAGGUGUUCAUCUCGUGCGCGAUCAGCUGCCCGGAUCCGUUCAACGUGAUCUGGCUGCACGACAACCGCGAGAUCAAGAACUCGGCCGACUUCGAAUACCUGAACGAUGGCGACAUCUACACGCUGCACGUCGCCGAAAUCUUCCCCGAGGACGCCGGCACCUACACCUGCGAGGCGUUCAACAAGGGUGGCGAAAGCUUCAGCUCGUGCACGAUCACCGUACUGGCGCAGGAGGAGCAGAAGGAGAAGGUGGCCACCUUCGCCAAAUUCCCGGCCUCGUUGAGCGUCCUCGACGGGGCCAAGGCUGUGUUCUCCUGCGAGACGUACGAAGCGCCGUCCAAGCUGCAGUGGUACAAGGACGGCGAGCCGAUCAACGAGUCGUCCAACCGAUACCGCUUCGUGAAGAAGGACAACAAGUACACGUUCACGGUGGCCAAGUGUUCGUUCGAGGACAUCGGCCAGUACCAGGUGCGCGUGGUGACGCGCAACGGCGAUGCGCUGGCUUCGUUCUCGCUCAACGUCAGCGCCUAAAGCGGGUUUGUGUCCCGGAUGGAGGUAGCGCGGGAGUAUGUUGCAUAGCUAAUCUAAUCUAGGUGUAACUGUAAUCGUAAGCGUAGGACAUAGAGUCUCUUUGUUUUUUUAUCAUUUUUGUAUAAAAACACUAUUUUGGGGAACGCCUGGGAAAAGCGCAUCGCGGGGGAACGUGUGACGCCGAAUCGAUAUAUUUAUUUUAUACAUAUAUAUUUUUCAAUUCUUUUUUACGUACAAGCAAGUUGUUAAGUUUUAUUUUUGUAAAGUAUUACUAUUGAAUUAAAGGAAUGGUAUUUUGCAAAUA